AUGCAUGGCUGGCUGCUCCUGGUCUGGGUCCAGGGGCUGACACAGGCUGCCUUUCUCGCUGCAGGAGCCGCGGCGGGCACAAUAGAGACAAAGGGGAACAUCUCUGCAGAGGAAGGUAGCUCUGUCAUCUUACAAUGUCACUUCUCCUCUGAUACAGCUGAAGUGACCCAAGUCAACUGGGAGCAGCGGGACCAGCUUCUGGCCAUUUAUAAUGUUGACCUGGGGUGGUAUGUCUCCUCAGUCUUCAGUGAACGGGUGGUCCCAGGCCCCAGCCCAGGCCUCACCUUCCAGUCGCUGACAGUGAAUGACACAGGAGAGUACUUCUGUACCUAUCAUACCUAUCCUGAUGGUAUUUACAAGGGGACAAUAUUCCUGAAGGUCCAGGAAAGUUCAGUGCCUCAGUUCCAGAUCGCCUUGCUUGGGGGAAUCAUGGCUGCCGUGCUGGGACUCAUUUGUCUAAUGGUCACAGGCGUGGCCAUACUGGCUAGAAAGAAGUCUUUUGGAAUGCAUUCUGUAGAAAGUGGCUUUGGGAGAAGGGAAGCUGAGCCACAGGAAUCGAGCCUUAGGAUUCUCCCAUCCCCUGGAGACCCUGUCCUGACACAAGCUGCCCCUGCUGGCGUCUGUGGAGAGCAGGCAGAAGAUGACUAUGCUGACCCACCAGACUAUUUUAAUGUCCUGAGCUACAGAAGCCUAGAGAGCUUCAUUGCUCUAUCGAAGACUGGCUAA